GUAUAGUUUACGGCCAUCUAAGAAACAAACGCAAAAAUCUCGGUUAAAUUGAAAAAACAAAUAAAUACGAAUUUUAUAUAAAAAUAAAAUAAAUAAUUAUAAAUUUUCCUAAGAAAAGGAUUUUAUAUCAAUAAUAUAAAAAAAAACUAUUGUUUUGAGUUAAAAUCCCCCCCACAGAUGCCAUGUUUUUGCGUAAAAAAAUAUUUUUUACCUUCCUUAUACUCUACGAAAUACCCUCGAUCAUAAAUAGUCAAGAAUAUCUAAAAGAUUUAAAACCCGCCGAUAUUAAAUACAUCAGCAAAGAUGAAUUGCCUCCUGUAGAAUUACCAAGACCCAUUGUUUCAGUCAGGCAAGCAAGAGCAUUAAAUGAAGAACCAAUAGAUGAUGAGUACACUGAGGAUAACAGUCGUUUUCAAAAAUCUCAAAGACCUACACUAAUGGAUAUUGCUUUAGAAGUCUCUGUAAGAGAGGGUCUUAGCGCCAUGAGAAAACUUUAUACAAAAGUUGAACCGGAUAUGGUUAAAAAUGGUAGGUCAAGUAUUACAAGACAAUCAUCCAGCUGCUUUGCUAUCAAAAUUUAGUGCACCCGUAGUGGAUACCAGUCGUCGUGAAAUGGCUGCUUAUGCCACCUUGACAGCUGCUAAAGUUUUUCGCAAAAA